UUGAAAAUGAAACCCCACACGGAGUACGAAUACAUGCAAUUCACAAAAUACAUCCCUCAAUAAUUAAUUCACCAUCACAACAUCAUCAACAAGAAGAAGAAGAAGAAGAAGUAGCAAAGAAAGAAAUUGUUGAAAAGAAGCAUCAACAACAAAAGUACUUUGGAAUAUUAUUAGGAAAAAAAAAGUGAGAGGAAUUAAUGGAAAGGGGUAGUGAAGAAAGAAAUCAGUUAAACAAUUACAAUUUACAAGUAUCUUUUUCAUCAUCAUCCUCAGUAGCAGCACCAAAUAAUGUUCAUCAUGAAUUGGGAUUUAUACACUUUGCAGAUCAAAACUUGAGCUUCUUAGCUCCUUCAUCACAAUCUUCUCAGUCUCUUCAAGCUGCUGCUGCCGCCGCCGCCGCCGCCGCCGCCGCCAGCGUAAGUGUUACGCCAUCCGCCGCCAUCAAUACAAACGCUGCUGCGGCUGGCGCGUCCAAUAACGUUGGUGGUGGUGGUGGUGGUCUAGGGUUUAGCCACAAUGAAUUACUUGUCAAUAGACCUUCUUGGAACAACAACGAACAGGUGGAAGCACUAGAUCCCAAGGGUAUAAAUGACGAAAAUUGCAGCGGUAAUGCCAGUGAGGGUAACAAUUCAUGGUGGAAGAAUUCAUCUUCAGACAAAGGAAAAGUGAAGAUAAGAAGAAAGCUAAGAGAACCAAGAUUUUGUUUCCAAACAAGGAGUGACAUUGAUGUUCUUGAUGAUGGAUAUAAAUGGAGAAAAUAUGGUCAGAAAGUUGUCAAGAAUAGCCUUCAUCCCAGGAGUUACUAUCGAUGUACGCAUAGUAAUUGUAGAGUGAAGAAGAGAGUUGAAAGAUUAUCAGAAGAUUGUCGUAUGGUAAUAACUACGUAUGAAGGUAGACAUAACCAUUCUCCUUGUGAUGAUUCUAACUCUUCUGAUCAUGAUUGUUUCACCUCUUUCUAGAAUUAAUAUUAUUAUU